GCUCCUAAAAACAAUUCUCUUUGGUGAACUUUUUGUCCUCUCUGUGUGUGAUGUGCGUGUAAGUUCAUUCAGUGGCACACCGAACUCUCUUCUGCAAGGGAAGUGAGGAAGAACAAAGAUGUCAACACUUGAAUUGAGCACUUCACUCUCUCAUUCUUCAUUUUCUUCCCCCCCUUCUUCUUCUUUUCCACUCUUCUUGGGAAAUGGUUUCCGGGUUCCCAUCAAAUUCCGCCCUUCACUUCCUAACAAGUUCAAGAACUGUUGUGUUUCUGUUAGAUAUAGUGAAAAGUUCAGAUCUUUGGAGAACCCAAGAUUGUUUAGAAUCAGUUGUUCUGCAGAGGGUGCAGUGGUAUGUGGCUCUGAAGUAGUGGUUAAAGAGAAGAGUGUUUCUGUUAUUCUGCUUGCAGGUGGAAAGGGUAAAAGAAUGGGUGCAAGCAUGCCAAAGCAGUAUCUUCCACUUCUGGGCCAACCAAUUGCUUUGUACAGUUUCUACACUUUCUCAAAGAUGCCUGAAGUGAAGGAAAUUGUUGUAGUAUGUGAUCCUUCUUAUCAAGACAUUUUUGAAGAUGCCAAAGAGAAUAUCCACAUAGACAUGAAAUUUGCAUUACCUGGAAAGGAGAGACAAGAUUCUGUAUACAGUGGAUUAGAGGCUAUUGAUUCAGAUUCUGAGCUAGUCUGCAUACAUGAUUCUGCUAGACCUCUGGUGUUAGCUGGAGAUGUAGCAAAGGUCCUAAAAGACGGUCAACGUGUAGGCGCGGCUGUUCUUGGUGUUCCUGCUAAAGCUACAAUCAAAGAGGCAAACAGUGACUCUUUUGUCGUAAAAACUCUGGACCGGAAAACUCUCUGGGAAAUGCAAACCCCCCAGGUUAUCAGGCCUGACUUGCUUAAGAAAGGAUUUGAACUCGUUAAUAGGGAAGGACUUGAAGUCACCGACGAUGUAUCAAUCGUCGAGCACCUUAGGCAUCCUGUUUACAUUACUGAAGGAUCUUACACCAACAUCAAGGUUACAACCCCGGAUGAUUUAUUACUUGCUGAGAGAAUAUUGAACACUGCGGCUUGAGAUUUUCUAACCAGUAAUUCCUUAACUUCCAAAAGGUGUAACAAAGUUUUUGUAUGUUAUUGUGGUGAGGUCCUGUCAGAACGCAUGUCAAAUUUUGAAUUUUUACUUUUUUUUUAUGUAUUAUUUGCAUAAA